AUGGAAAACAUUAAAACUAUUCAGUAAAAUUAGUAAAUAGUUUUAUAGGAUCUUAAUGAAACUAGAGAUUAUCUAAAAUAGGAAUACUAGUAAUAAAACACUAGCAUUGCUUAUGAUAAUUUUGCAAUAAAAUAAAGAAAUGUUACAUAAGAAAAAGAUGAAAUCAACUAGUACUGCGAUUAAUAUAUUUAAAAUAAGUAAAAAGGAUCUAAAAUAUGA